AUGGUACAACGGCCCACCAGUCCCUCAUCGUUGCUCUGGUCACAUCAACUCAAACGCGAACACCUUUCAUUGGAACAGCGAGUUGAAGUAUCCGAGAAAAAUGUUACAAAGCUUGAUACGCGAAUGCUCGCUCUAGAGACGGGACAACAGACUGGCAGAGAACAACUGAAGGAACAAGAGACUCGUCUUUUAGAACACUCCACACUGAUCUCAUCCAUUGAGAAAGACGAUGAACACAUGAAACAUUGCAUCAACCAACUGUCUGCAGACAGGACGAGACGCUUACAGGAGGUGGACAGGAAUAUCAAGAUCUUAACAACUAGAGUCGAAACGCUCGAGACCCAGGAAAGAAAGACGAAUGAUAGACCUGAGGAUGGACAUGAUCAGCAGCAGGAGAUGAUUGAAAGAAUAGGCGAGCUUGAGACCUCGGUAGAAACUUUGUCAAGAGGUCGCGGCAAGCUCAUGAAGAAGAGCGACAACCGUAUCGUCGAGACCUUGGAAAAGCGGAUGGAUGUACUAGAAGCCCGCAGGACCGAGGAUCUCCAACAGGUCAAGCAUCUGCGAAGCCAAGUGUCAACCUUGCAGGAGUCGAACACAGAAUGGCAAACGCGGUACAAGAAACUAGAAGAGAAGAUGUCGACCACAAAACCUCAAAACGACCAUUCCGAAAGCCGACUUCAUGAUUUGCAGACUACCCCCCAGAGUGAAGAAGGACGUCACUCGACCCCUCCCUCGCAAAGUCCAGUGCAAAAGGGCAAUCAGCGAAUACUAAGAAGGUAA